GCAAAACCAAAAUCCCAGAGAUCGAAUCAAACAAAGAAUCUCUAGCUGUAGAUUACAACUACAGAAGACUGCAUCCUUGUUUCAGUUCCUCCAUUGGGUCUUUUUUACUUUUUCAAAUCGUUGAGAACAAGUGUUGGUACUUGGGUUCAAAAGCAGAGGUGGAAGAAAAAAAUAUGACUAAAAAUCAAGACUUUAAGCUACUCAAGAUUCAGACCUGUGUUCUUAAAGUGAACAUACACUGCGAUGGGUGUAAGCAAAAAGUGAAGAAAUUGCUUCAGAGAAUUGAAGGUGUUUACCAAGUAAACAUAGAUGCAGAGCAGCAGAAAGUUAUAGUCUCAGGAAGUGUAGAUUCGGCAACAUUGAUCAAGAAACUGGUAAGAGCUGGUAAACAUGCUGAGGUUUGGUCCCAGAAAUCGAACCAAAAGCAAAACAACUGCAUCAAAGACGACAAGACCAACAAUAACAAUGGCCAAAAACAGCUGCAGAACAAGUUUCCCACUUUCAUUUCUGAGGAAGAUGAUGAUUAUGAUGCAGAGAAUGAUCUCAAACCAAACAAUGCAAAGAAAGGUGUUGGGAACAUUAAUGCAGCUUCCAGUGAUUAUGGUAAAAUGAACAACAAUGUUAUAAGUGGGAAUGGUGGGAAGAAAGGAAACCAGAAUCAGAAUACGGGAAUGAAGGUGAUGAACCCCGGUUUUCUUGAUGAACAGAACUUGGCAGCUUUGAGGAUGAACAAUGCUCAUCAGUUUGGUGGUUUAAACAUAAAUGCAACAAACGGCAACAUGAUGGGGCUUUCGGGUUUCCAUGGAAAUGGUGGAAGGUUUCAAAUUCAAUCCAACAAUGGAUUACAAGGGUCUUCUGCAACAAGUCAAUAUCCAUCAACUCUGCUCAUGAACACCAAUGGUUUCAACAACUAUCCAUUAUCAUCAAUGAUGAACAUGCAUGCCAUGCAGCAGCAGCAACAACAACAAUCACAGAUGAUGCAUCAUAGAUCACCUAUUUUUCCACCUAGCACUUGUUAUUACAACAAUUAUAACCCUCUUCCAUACUCAUUCCCUGAAGCCCCCCAUUACAACUCAGGUGAUGAAAACCCAGAGAGCAGCUGUUCAAUAAUGUAAGACAGAAAUUUAUUGUGUUUCGAGUGAAUCGUUGAUCUAUGUAUUUCUGUUUUUGUCGAUGUAUCGUGUUUCUGAAGAUUAUGUUGAAAAUAGGAGUGGGGUUUUUUGAAAUAGGUCCCUGCAACUUCUAAGAGGGACAUAAAUAAAGA